CUUUCUCUUCACACCCCCGCAACAACAUUUUUAUUUUAUCCUGUGAAUUGUGAACGUAGCAGCUAAGAAGAAAGUGAGUGCGGCUUUCUUUUCAUAUUUUUUUUUUCAACAUGUGAAUGAUGAAUGUUUAUGCUUAAAAAAAUAUAAGAACAAGCUUUAUAACAAUUGAAAUUGAAGCGGUAGCUAGCAAGUAGCUCAUGUGUAUGCAAAAAAAAUAUAAAUGAAUUUUUAUGGAUGAGUGAACAUUCUAGUGAAACAUAAUAAAGUGAAGGAGAACUUAACUUAUGAGAAAGAAAUAGACACAAAGCAUAAAAAAAGGAAGUAAAUUUUUUAUAAGUAAAACCACAAAACCAGCAACGUCGCAAAGCACAGCACAAUUUAUAUAUACAGCAUAAAGAAGAAUAUCCACUGGCAUCAUAUUAUUAUGGAUAUGGUAUUAUGAAAAGGACACAUGUGUUAAUAUUGUGCACAUAAUGGAUAUCCCAGGAUAUUUAAAAUGGGCCUCAGUAGAAUAUUGAAGUCCUUUUCGACGAUUUCGUUUACGUGGUUUUAUUUAUUUAUUAUGCUGGAAAAUGCUGAUGCAAAAAUAGGUUAUUUCUGGCACAUAACAGAUUUACAUUUCGAUUCACAGUAUUCAACAAAGGGUGACAUUUCACGAAGUUGUUGGUAUCUUGAGCAUCAUCAAAGUAAUUCAAGAGCUCCAGGUUUCUACGGUGACUAUCAAUGCGAUAGUCCAUGGAGUCUCCUUGAAACCGCAGCAAAAGCAAUGAAAGAAAAGCAAGGAGAUAAUGUAGAAUUUGUAUUAUGGACUGGAGACGGCCUAUCACAUUCUGCUAAACGCUUAUCAGAGGGAAAUCGUUUGGAUCUCCUCAGGAACAUCACAGACUUAUUAGGACGAACAUUUCCAUCGCAAUUUGUAUUUCCAGUACUGGGACAUGAGGAUGUUCAAAAUAGCGACUAUAAAGAUUACAAAAAUUUUCUCGCGAAUUUAAGCAACAUUUGGAAAACGUGGUUGCCACCAGAAGCAGUGCAAACAUUUAGAAUAGGCGGAUACUACACAAUUGAACAGACAAAAAGUCGUCUAAGGAUCAUUGUAUUAAAUACGAAUUUCAUGAGGCACGAUUUCAAAUAUUCUCAAUCACAUUCAUCGGCAAUUAGGCAACGACCCGAUGGCUCAAUUGUGCUACCAAGUGGCGGAGGAGGACAGCAGCAGUACAACAUGGGAUAUCAUCGGAAGCAUUAUCAUCACGAUAAUGAGGAGCAUAAUAAUAACAAUAAUUAUAAUAGAUAUAAUAAAGAUAGAUACUAUUCACACUCAAAUAGUGAUGUGAAUUAUCAAAAUGGCGCUGACAGUGGCGGUGUCGUGAGUGCGUUAUCUGUGUCGCAUGAGUCAGAGAAACAGUGGGAAUGGCUCGAGGAGGUUCUCGCAAAAUCGACUAGAAAUAAGGAAACUGUAUAUAUUGUAGGUCACAUGCCUCCGGGCUCUGAUGAAAGGCAAAUUGGUAUCAUACCGAAUGGUCACACAACGUAUUCGGAGAAAAACAAUUUAAGAUAUCUUAGGUUGGUUCGAAAAUAUUCAUCGAUUAUUCAGGGACAAUUUUUCGGUCAUCUACAUUCGGAUUCAUUUCGAAUUGUGUACAAUGACAUGGGAAAACCUGUAAGUUGGAUAAUGAUUGCUCCAUCUAUUACACCAAGAAAAUCAAACAUUGGACAAUCAAAUAACCCUGCAAUGCGAUUGUAUAAAUUUGAAACUGAUACAGGCCAAGUCUUAGAUUAUACUCAAUAUUAUUUGGAUUUAGAAGCAGCAAAUAGGGAUGUAGACGUGGAUAAGCCACAAUGGGUAUCAGAAUACAACUUGACAACAUACUAUCAUGGUCUGGGUGAAUUAUCCCGAAACGAAAUAUCUGCAGUGUCGCUACACAACUUGGCUGACAGAUUUACAAAUCCUGAAGAUAUUUUGUUCUCAAAAUACUAUCGUGCGAACUCAGUACGAUAUCCAACAAGAAUCUGCGAUAACGUCUGUUCAUUGAAUCAUUAUUGUGCAAUUACGAGAAUUGAUUAUCGCGAAUAUCGACAAUGUUUAGAGACGGCAGCAAGCGCAUUAGCAUCCAGUGUACGAUCAAAUGUAUUAGAUAUAAAUAAUCAGAUUUCAUUACUCACGAUUGCUUUCAUUCAAUUAUUUUUACAUCAACGUUUUGUCUUACGCGUUGUAUGUUUAGCAUGAUUUUUAUAGCCAUUAUGAUUAUUCGAAUUAAUUUAAUUAUUAUAUUACAUAUUAUGAAUAUACA